GCGGGGGCUUCGGGGCUGGAGAGGGCGCCGCCACCCGGAGAGGGCGCCGCGGGGACGCGGGGAGGUCUCCAGCCCGCCAGCCCGCUGCCCCGCCCCCGCCGAUCGUCCCCGAUCGUCCCCGAUCGCCGCCCUGCCGGGUCUCGGGCGGGGCGCCGUGGCCCCACGGGGCGCGCACCCCGUGACCCCGGCGGCCCCGCGGCAGGCUAGGCGCCCGCAGGUCCAUGGUGGCGGCGCAGCGCGAUGAGCCGCCCGUCCUCCACCGGCCCCAGCGCUAACAAGCCGUGCAGCAAGCCGCCGCCGCCGCCGACCCCGCACGCCCCGUCCCCGGCUGCGCCCCCCGCCGCCGCCACCAUCUCGGCUGCCGGCCCCGGCUCGUCCGCGGUGCCCGCCGCGGCGGCGGUGAUCUCAGGCCCGGGCGGCGGCGGCGCCGGCCCGGUGUCCCCGCAGCACCACGAGCUGACCUCGCUCUUCGAGUGCCCGGUCUGCUUUGACUAUGUCCUGCCCCCCAUCCUGCAGUGCCAAGCCGGGCACCUGGUGUGUAACCAAUGCCGCCAGAAGUUGAGCUGCUGCCCGACGUGCAGGGGCGCCCUGACGCCCAGCAUCAGGAACCUGGCUAUGGAGAAGGUGGCCUCGGCUGUCCUGUUUCCCUGUAAGUAUGCCACCACGGGCUGUUCCCUGACUCUGCACCACACGGAGAAGCCAGAGCACGAAGACGUCUGUGAAUACCGUCCCUACUCCUGCCCUUGUCCGGGUGCCUCCUGCAAGUGGCAGGGCUCCCUGGAAGCCGUGAUGGCUCACCUCAUGCACGCACACAAGAGCAUCACCACCCUCCAGGGGGAGGACAUCGUCUUUCUGGCCACAGACAUUGACCUGCCGGGGGCCGUGGACUGGGUCAUGAUGCAGUCCUGCUUUGGCUACCACUUCAUGCUUGUGCUGGAGAAACAGGAGAAGUAUGAGGGCCACCAGCAGUUCUUCGCCAUCGUGCUUCUGAUCGGGACCCGAAAGCAAGCCGAGAACUUCGCCUACAGACUGGAGCUGAACGGUAACCGGCGGAGGCUGACGUGGGAGGCCACGCCGCGCUCCAUCCACGACGGCGUGGCCUCGGCCAUCAUGAACAGCGAUUGCCUUGUUUUUGACACAGCCAUAGCACAUCUUUUCGCCGACAACGGGAACCUGGGGAUAAACGUCACCAUUUCUACGUGCUGCCCGUGAAGCACCGGGUGGCCUCCCUAGGCCGUGGAAAUUACUCGGGCGUAGCACUCCAUGUUCAGUAAAGGUCUUGUAGAGGUUUUGAUCAGGAUGCCAUCGCAAGUUUGGGCUCACAGUCACCACCAUCAGCCCCCGACAGAGUUCACGAAACUGGGUGAGGAGGAUUGGGCCGUUAGUAAUUUGGAGGCUGUCCUGUGAUCUAGAGUCACGUCUAGACUAAAGUUCAUUUACUUCCUGAACAGUUGCUCCACAGACCAGCGUGUUAGGGCUGGAGGUUCCUUCCCUGCCUCCCCGAAUCAACCCUCAAGGAGACAAAGCGCAGUGACCCUGCGGACGCCUGCAUUUUUGGUUUUAGGGGACAGGAAUAGUUUAAUGCGUUGUAAGCAGUGUCUCUCACCUGGGCGGCUGGCCAGGGCGCACGGAGCCAGCCCAGCUGGUCUUAAACGUGCAGCUCUGGGAGUCUGUGAGCUUCACCGUCCCCAAUCCCCUCUGGGGGGGUCUGAUGCACAGUGAGGUUUGAGGACUGCCGCCUGGGUCGUGGGGGGGGGGGUGCAGAUUUGAAGGAGCUUUGCCAUCGCCCUCUGCAGGUUCUGGCAGUCUUUCUACUGUUUCAACCCCAGCCUCGCCCACUCUGAAUUAAAGUCAGAACCAUAAACCCACACACACACGCCUGAGACCCGGUCACUCUCUGGUGUUUGGGGUGGGUCAGCAAGUCACGUGUCCUUGAUAGUCCUCAUGUCAUCAGUUAGUUCCUGCUCGCGGUCGGUGUGACCUGUUUACACAGGGCUCCCCCAGGAGCCCUCCCUGACUAGCUGGGAAAGACGAGGUUGGUACUGGGAGAAGCUCUGUACCCGUGUCACAUGCGUGCUGUUUAAAGAUGUGUGAUGUGCUUUCUGUUUGUUUUUGGUUUUUUGCCACAUUCACUUUAGUUUUUAAUAAAUAUU